AUGGACAGCUUGAGAGGCAAGCUCCACGAAACCAAGCUCUACGACGCCAAAGCAGCCGUGUCACACAAGAAGCACCAGAUUGGAAAAUUCGGCAAUCUGUUCAACAGAGAGCAUCGCCAUGAUGAGGAGCACGAGCGAAUCUGCGACGCGAAGCGGACUAAGAUCUGCGCGUCCCAUCGCUUCCAGUCUUACUUUCCAGAGCGAGAGGGCAACCUUGUCAAGUGGUAUGUGGAUGGACGGGACUAUUUCUGGGCGGUAUCUGUCGCCUUGGAAGAGGCCAAGGAAACCAUUUACAUUGCAGACUGGUGGCUCUCGCCGGAGCUCUUCCUCAGACGGCCCCCUCAUCAGAAGCAGGAGUACAGGCUCGACCAGAUCCUGAAGCGCAAAGCGGAACAGGGAGUCAAGAUCUUUGUCAUUGUUUACAAGGAGGUGGAGGCGGCCCUUACUUGCAACUCGGAACACACAAAACACGCCCUGCAGGCCCUUUGCCCCGAAGGAUCUCCCGGCUACAACAACAUCCAGAUCAUGCGGCAUCCCGAUCACAACGUCCUUGAGAACGCGGCAGACAUGACCAUGUACUGGGCCCACCACGAAAAGUUCAUCGUCAUCGACUACGCCAUUGCCUUCAUCGGCGGUCUCGACCUCUGCUUCGGCCGCUGGGAUACUCGCCAACAUCCGCUGUCGGAUAUUCACCCAGACGAGCCCCACGCAGAGGUCUGGCCGGGCCAGGAUUUCAACAACAACCGCGUCUUGGACUUCAAAAAGGUGCAGGACUGGCAGGACAACGAGCUCAGCAAGGCAGAUUACGGUCGAAUGCCUUGGCACGACGUCUCCAUGGGCGUCAUCGGCCCCUGCGUGUAUGACAUUGCGGAGCACUUCGUUCUGCGGUGGAACUUUGUCAAACGGGACAAGUACAAGCGCGACCAGAGAUUUGACUGGAUCAUUCUCGAAGGUCGUGAAGGAGAGGACGAGGAUUUGAUCGGAGUGCAGCGGCCAAAAUACCCCAUGGGCGACUACAUCAGGCACCCCCUGACGCCCCUGAGCACCAAGAAUCUGCUCGGUCGAGGAACGGUCCAUGCUCAGGUCGUGAGAUCCAGCGCCGACUGGUCCAGCGGCAUCCUGACUGAUCGCUCCAUUCAAAACGCGUACUCAGAGGUCAUUUCCAAAGCGCAGCACUACGUCUACAUUGAGAAUCAGUUCUUCAUCACCGCCACCGGCGAGCACCAGGCACCGAUCCACAAUACCAUCGGCGAAGCGAUUGUUGAGGCCGUGGUGCGGGCUGGAAAAGAAGGCCGAAAGUUCAGGAUCAUCAUCAUUAUCCCCGCCGUCCCAGGCUUUGCCGGUGACCUUCGAGACAAUGCCGCGUCCGGCACGAGGGCCAUCAUGGACUACCAGUACAAGUCAAUAUGUCGAGGCGAGCACUCCAUCUUUGAGCGGGUCAAGGCUCAGGGGGUCGAUCCUACCAAGCACAUCUUUUUUUUCAACCUGAGAUCGUAUGAUCGCCUAAACAAGACACCGGCCAUCGACGAAGCCGAGAAGAAGACGGGCAUCGGGUAUCAGCAAGUCCAGCGCGUUCUGGCCGAGGACAUUAUGGGUGAGGGAAUCCACGGGACGUCCGACCCGAUAGAAAAGGAGAGAGACCUCCACAUGGGCAAGGCACACGAGCAGGAAAAGGCGCGCAACGAGGCUGUGCAAGCAAAGGAAGCUUUUGAGAAGGCCAAGCCCAAAGAAGAGGUACAGACCUCGCCCUCGGUCGCGCACCACGCCAUGGCUGGCCAGAGUCCUCUGGAGGACGAGCCCUGGGCGGACCCGGAGUCUGAGAUCAAGAACUGGAUCCAGGAGGAGCUCUACGUGCACGCCAAGGUGCUCAUUGCCGACGAUCGAGUGGUGAUUUGCGGCUCGAGCAACCUCAACGAUCGCAGCCAGCAGGGCAGCCACGACAGCGAGUUGAGUAUCGUCAUGGAAGACACCAACUUGGUCCAAACGACAAUGGACGGGAAGCCGUUUGAGGCGGGCUACCAUGCGAUGACUCUGCGGCGAUUCCUCUGGCGAGAGCAUCUCGGCCUGCUGCCGCCGCAGGACUGUGAUGCCGAGGGCGAUAUCAAUGCUCUGCCGCCCAGCGUGGAGCCCAACAACGACAUCUACGACAAUGAUGAGAGCUGGAAGCUUGUGGAGGAUCCGCUGGGCGACGAGUUGUGGGAUAUGUGGACGAGUCGAGCAGAUAAGAACACGGAGCUGUUCCGGCACCUCUUCCACGCCGAUCCAGACGAUCACAUCAAAACGUUUGACGAUUACGACCGCUAUCUGCCGCCCAGGGGCGUCAAGUCGGGCCACAUAUUCGACCAGUUCAUGCCGCCGGACGAGGCGAAGAAGAAGCUCGCGCAGAUCAAGGGGCACCUGGUGUGGAUGCAGAUGGACUUUUUGAAGGAUGCGGAGAUGGCGGAACGGGGGCUGCAAGUGAAUUCCUGGACGGAGAGUGUGUACACUUGA